AUGUCUCCGGAGCUGCUUUCUUUGCUCCAACAAGCGUUCCGCUCGCCCCGGCGCACCGCCUCUCCCUCCACUCACAUCAUGGCUGAGGCUGCUCCGCCGACCGGGAUGGGGAACCGCCAACUUCCCGAGUGGAUACAGGAAUGGGGCAGUGCGUGGGAUUUCCUCGGCCUCGCCCCAGGCAGUGCCAUGAGUGAGGUCCUCCGCGCCGACAAGCGCACGGCGAUCCGCCUACAUCCGGAUAAAAGCCCACCGGACGAGGUCGAAAUGGCCACUGUGCGCAUGCAGGCCCUGGGGAAUGCCUCCUCAACCCAAGCCUACGGCCGAUGGGGUACCCCCUUCUACGACACCAGCAGCGAGGAGUUUUCCAGUGCGGGCCCGGACACCGUUCUGCCGUCAGUGUGGGCACCACCAGUACUGGGGAGAUGCCUGGUGCAUGAGAUGCGGCUGGGUGAGGCAGCACCGGCGUUGAACGCCGACCUAGCGAACACAAAGGGCCACCCUCGGCAGCAGAAGGGCUCCUCAAAAGGCCCGUAUGGUGACCACCGCCCGGGGACUCUUCUGGAGGCAAAGGGCCUACUGGUGAUGGAGAACCUCCGCGCGGACCUCAGGCCAGUGGAUGUGGGGGAACAGGAGAAGCUCCUUCAGGGCAUGAACCUGGUUCCUCAUCAACGGGCGCUCCGCCCCGAGCCAACCCAUGGGCACGGACUAAGAAGGCACCGCCUCCUCCGCCCCCGAGCUCGAGUGGCCCUGGUCCGGAUGCAGCACAUUUUUUUUUUGGAGGAGAUCGCGGCCUAUGGAACUGCAGCAGAUGCGCCUCCAAAGGAGAAGAUCCCGACCAAGGCGCCACCGCCCUCCACCUUCAACAACACAAUGCGGUGGAUUUGCGGAGGCUGUGGAGAACCGAAUGGCCUCCACCGGAGAGGGCUACACAUUGGAUCUGCCCUGACUGUCAAGAAGAAGCACGGAGAGCUCAUCAACAAUGGCCCCACUCCGGAUGACCUGCUGGUGCACCCGAGGGCGUCCACAGCCCCUGUUGUGCUCAACCGUCGGGACACUGUCGACGGGGGCCCAGGCCCAAGAGGCUCACAGUGGGAAAGCCUCCGCAAAAGCAGGGACGGUGAACCUCAGGCGCCACCGCCCCCUGCCGCUGCAGCCACACCGCAGCCACCACCACCCAUGCCGAUGCCGGAGCCGAAGUCGGUGUAUUUCGCCAAAAAGGGCCUCGGAAAGGGCAAAGGCAUGGGCGCUCCGCCCGAGGGACCGUUGCCCCACACCCCGGCCACCCCGAAGAGCUACGCCCCGGGGGACUUCGCGAACGUUGGCGCACCGCCCCCUACGUCUGGAGGCCUAGCUCCAAAGAAAGCCAGAGGCCCUACAGAGGAGAGUCGCCCCAUGGCGAUUGUGGCACCAAAUGGGGAGGCCUUGUGGUUCACGGUGAGAGACCUGGAUGAAACAACUCCCCGGCUGGUCCUACCUUGGACCAUCUUCCAGCACGUCGUUAUGUGUCGCAGGACCCUGUGCGGGCUGCAGUCAUGGAGCCGUGUGGGAGUUAUUUUUAUCCGGCGUGUUGCUCAAGACAUUCUUCACUGGGCAUGCAGGAUGCAAAUGGCCAACAGUGGUAACCCGUGUUUCAUGGACCUGCAGGAGGCACAUCCGGAACCUCAAGGUGAUCUACCGCCCCUCAGCCCAGCCACGGGAGACCAUCGGCCUCUCUUUACUUUCCAGGAUUUCUUGCGGAACCCCAGCCUUGGGCAGCACUACAGGAGUAACGAAGGGCCACCGCGACCGGGUCGCACCGCCCUUCCCUGCAUCUACGCGGCUCCAAUUCGUCAGCUUCCUCUUGCAGAAUCCUAUGCGGAAGCCGACCGAGCCCAGAAUGUAAUGGGGCGUUGGGCUAUGCAGAUCCUGGGUGACGAACCGGCUGUUCCGCCAGAUGAGGGCGCACCGCCUGCAGACGAAGGGAAGGCUAAGGGUGGUUCCGCCCCAAGCUCAACCUCGAUUGGCAAAGGCAUGGGGAAUACCUUCAAGAGGGCCACUCACUGGUCACUGGUACUGCAAAAGGAGGAAUGUGUGGUGUCCGACGAGGAGGAGGAAGAGGACGACGUGGCCCUCCACGAAGAAGAGCUUGAGGAGGUCGCUCGUCUUGAACGUGAGUGCGCGGAACUGGAGCAAAGGAUGAGAGGCCUUAACGCCGGCCAACAGCGGGCACUCCUGGAGAACCUCGCGAACAGCUCAAGUGCGGUGAUGGGAGGUCUGUUGGCCGACACCAUCAGGCGCACCGCCCAGCUGCGAGGCCAGAAAGGCAAAGGAGGUUCCAGCAACGUCAAGGUGAGAGCCUCCAACGAAACCGCUCGGAACGACCCCAAGUACAUGGAAGACUUGGACGCAGGGGUCUCCAUUGCGGUAGCCUUCCAACGCCAUCGCUCUCGGCUACGUGCAGUGCAACAUCAGGUGGCCCAGGGCAGCGUGGCGCUACAGCCCAGAUCUACCCCCUUGCAAACUGUGAGGGCGCUACCGCCCAUGAUGAGCCUGGGCCGCUCUCACCGCCUGUACCUCCUCAACAGGCUGGAGAGGUUGGAAAGGCAAGGUGUCACAUGGACCCAAGACGAGGUGGGGAAUUGCUAUACCAUGGAGCAAUUCCUGGACUACUUGGAGGCGAGAGUCAAUGCGGAUGCGGAAAGAGCCGAACCUACAACGGCUUCCAAAUCUGCAGGCGCUCCGCCCCCUUCAGGCGUACCGCCUCCCUCGCCCUACAUCGAGCACCUCGACGGGGACCUCCUCUGCACCAUCGGGUACAACCGCGGUGAAGCUGCAGGUGAUACCGCCCCAGCUGGGAACGACUUGCCCGCUGAUGAUUCAGCACGGCGUUCCGCUGUGGAUGGUUUCCACCUCUAA